UUUCACUCUGCACUCAAGACUGCUCCUGUCUGCCCACUGAAACAGAUUGCAACCAUGGCUUUGGAACACAACCAAUCAACAGAUUACUAUUAUGAGGAAAAUGAAAUAAACAGCACUCAUGACUAUAGUCAGUAUGAAGUGAUCUGUAUAAAAGAAGAGGUGAGAAAUUUUGCAAAAGUUUUCCUGCCUGCCUUCUUCACGAUAGCUUUCAUCAUUGGACUUGCAGGAAACUCCACAGUAGUGGCGAUUUAUGCCUAUUACAAGAAGCAGAGAACCAAAACAGACGUGUACAUCCUGAAUUUGGCGGUGGCGGAUUUACUCCUCCUAUUCACUCUGCCUUUUUGGGCAGUUAAUGCAGUUCAUGGGUGGGUUUUAGGGAAAAUCAUGUGCAAGGUCACUUCAGCCUUGUACACGGUCAACUUUGUCGCUGGAAUGCAGUUUUUGGCUUGCAUCAGCAUAGACAGAUAUUGGGCAGUAACUAAAGCUCCAACUCAUUCAGGAGUGGGAAAACCGUGCUGGCUCAUCUGUUUCUGCGUCUGGACGGCUGCCAUCUUGCUGAGUAUACCUCAGCUGGUUUUUUAUACAGUAAAUCACAAAGUUAGGUGCACUCCCAUCUUUCCAUACCACCUACAAACAUCAAUGAAAGCAUCAAUUCAAAUGCUGGAAAUCUGCAUCGGAUUUGUGAUACCUUUCCUUAUUAUGGGAGUGUGCUACUUUAUCACGGCAAGGACACUCAUCAGGAUGCCAAACAUUAAAAAAUCUCGACCCCUCAAAGUUCUGCUCACAGUGGUUAUAGUUUUCAUUGUCACUCAGCUGCCUUAUAACAUUGUCAAGUUCUGCCAAGCCAUAGACAUCAUCUACUCCCUGAUAACCGACUGCAGCAUGAGCAAACGCAUGGAUGUCGCCAUCCAAAUCACAGAGAGCAUCGCACUCUUUCACAGCUGCCUCAACCCAGUCCUGUACGUUUUUAUGGGAUCCUCUUUUAAAAACUACAUCAUGAAAGUUGCCAAGAAAUAUGGGUCCUGGAGAAGACAGAGACAAACCGUGGAGGAGUUUCCUUUCGAUUCUGAAGUCCCUACAGAGCCAACCAGUACAUUCAGCAUUUAAAUGUAAAACUGCCCUGUGUCUUGCUUCGAUACACAUGAAUGAUGCUUCUCCCUCAGAUAAAACAUCUGCAUUAUUCUGAAAUUCAAACCUCAAGCACGGUGGUGGCAACUUAUUACAAAGAAGAGAUUGGGGUGAGGAAGUGGGGAGGCAUAGAAGCAAGCAGAAGAGGAAGCAGAAUAAUCAAUGCAUAAAACAUGAAAAUUAAAAUGAACACUAUCGGAAGGCAGUAAUAACAAGCACAAGUAAUAAGAACAUUAUGCUAUAAGUUAGGUCAUCUAAAACAGUAAUAAGG